AUGAGCUCCGCAGACUCAAGCAAAAGAGAGAGGAGCUCCUUAUUGCAAUGCAGGAAGCAGAAAAGGAGGUAUGAUUUAGCUAGAGUCGCGGAUUUGAGAUAUGGAGCGAUUCAAGAAGUUGAGGCUGCAGUAGCAAGGCUUGAAGGAAACACAGAAGAAAGCGUAUUGCUCACAGAGACUGUUGGUCCUGACCAAAUUGCAGAAGUUGUGAGCCAGUGGACUGGCAUUCCUGUGACUCGGCUCGGCCAGAAUGAGAAGGAGAGGUUGACUGGGCUUGCUGAGAGAUUGCACCAGAGAGUGGUGGGACAGGAUCAAGCUGUCAGUGCUGUUGCUGAAGCUGUGUUGAGCUCUAGGGCUGGACUGGGAAGGCCACAGCAGCCAACCGGCUCUUUCCUUGUCUUGGGUCCACCUGGUGUUGGGAAGACUGAGCUUGCUAAAGCCCUUGCUGAACAGUUGUUUGAUGAUGAAAAUCUAAUUAUUAGAAUUGAUAACUAUGUUGGGCACGAUGAAGGUGGGCAACUCACAGAAGCUGUGAGGAAGAAGCCGUGUAGUGUGGUGCUAUUUGAUGAAGUGGAGAAAGCACAUCCCACUCUUUUCAAUACCUUACUUCAAGUUUUGGAUGAUGGAAGGUUGACAGACGGCCAAGGCCGCACGGUGGACUUCACCAACACUGUUGAGAAUGAGGUGAUGAUUUUGGGUUUUGACAUAAUACAGGUUGCCAAGCUUCAAUUGAAAGAUGUAGCGAAGCGGCUUGCGGAGAGGGGUAUUGCACUUGGUGUGACUGAGGCAGCACUGGAUGUUAUACUGGAAGAAAGUUAUGACCCAGUAUAUGGUGCAAGACCGAUAAGGCGAUGUUUGGAGAAGAGGGGGUUGACUGAAUUGUCAAAAAUGCUGGUGAAGGGGGAGAUUGAUGAGAAUUCAACUGGUUAUAUAGAUGCUUCCCCUAAUGGAGAUGUGUUAACAUACCGGGUUGAGAAGCCUGGAGGUCUCGUGAAUGCUGCUACUUGGCAGAAGUCAGACGUACUCAUUCAAAUCUCUAAUGGGCCUGCUAGGAGUGAUGCUGCUCACGCAGUGAAGAAGAUGAGGAUUGAAGAGAUUGAAGAUGAUGAUGAAAUGGACAUAUAG